AUGGCCGAUCUCAAGGAGCCUCGUCAGGACUCGGUCUCUCGAUCCUCGAUCCACCAUGCGUCUGAUUUCCAGGCCAUCGAUCCCCAUUCAGGCGUCAAGAGAGGUCUCAAGACUCGCCAUUUGAGCAUGAUGGCUUUGGCAGGCAUUAUUGGUCCCGGUCUAUUGAUUGGGUCUGGCGGUGCACUUGCCAACGGUGGCCCCGCUGCUCUUCUCAUUGGUUUCGGCGUCAUCGGUAUCAUCGCCUUCAGUAUCAUGCAGUCGCUUGGAGAAAUCACCACUCUCUAUCCCAGCGGUGGCGCCUUCACAAGUCUCGCUGAUCGUUUCGUCGACCCGGCUUUUGCUUGUGCCGUGGGUUGGAACUACUUUAUCAUCUGGAUUGCCGUACUGGCCAACGAAUAUAAUGUUUUAUCAUCGAUAUUUGUCUUCUGGAGCGAUAAAGUCCCUCUUUGGGGGUAUUUUCUAAUCUUCUGGUUUGCAUUUUUGGGAUUUCAACUCCUGGGUGUCACGACAUUCGGUGAAGCAGAGUUCUGGCUAGCCUUGACAAAGCUGCUCGGCCUAACUGCCUACUUCAUCUUCUCCAUUGUCUAUGUUUCCGGGGGACUGGUGGGUCAGAAGGAAGCAUUCGGUUUUCGCUAUUGGAAUGAUCCAGGAGCAUUCUCAAACGGCUUUCGAGGAGUUGCUUCGGUCUUUGUCUUUUGCUCCACUUUCUAUGCCGGAGUUGAGUCAGUAGCCGUGGCUGCGACAGAGACCAAGAAUCCUAAACGUGCCGUUCCUCUGGCUAUUCGACAGGUUUUCUGGCGCAUCAUCUUCGUCUACAUUGGCAGUGCCAUUUUCUUUGGCAUCACAUGCCCUUGGAAUGCUGAGUCGCUCAUCAAUGGCCAAAGCCGGGCUCUCAAGAGUCCAAUGACUAUUGCGAUCCAGAAUGCUGGCUGGGAAGGAGGUGUUCAUCUGAUCAAUGCCUUCAUCUUCAUCACUUGUCUGUCGGCCGUCAACUCGUCCAUCUACAUCGGGUCACGCACCGUCUUGUUCAUGGCACAAGAGAGAAAGGCUCCAAGAUUUCUCGGCUACACAAACUCCAGAGGUGUGCCUGUGGCUGCCAUCAUAUUCACUAACGCAUUUGGAGCGCUAUCUAUGAUGAACGUCUCAACUGGAGCCGGCAAGGCGUACGGCUACAUCGUCAAUCUCUCCGGUGUCAGUACAUUUAUCGUAUGGGCCGCCAUUUCCUUCAUUCAUAUCCGUUUCCGCUCAGCAUGGAAACUCCAGAACCGCACGCCAAGGCAGCUGCCUUUCCAAUCCCUCUGGUACCCUUGGAACGCGUAUUUUGGACUGGCCGCCAACAUCUUUUUGGCUCUGGUGCAGGGCUGGACGACAUUGAGCCCCUUUGAUGCAGGUAAUUUCGUGGAUGCCUACAUUCUACUACCUUUGUUUCCGAUCAUUUACUUUACAUACAAGUUCAUUUUCAAGACCAGGUAUCACCGUCUCCACGAAAUUGAUCUCGACUUUGGUCGCAGAGCAGAUGUAGACGCUACUCAUGACGAGGAAGAGAGUGGGGAGGAGUAUGUGUCGAAACCCAAGAAGCCCUUUUGGAAGAGACUUGCAGAGAACUUCUGAGGGAUGGUGUCUCGAAUUGAUUGUCAAUUGAAGAUGAGCGAUUUAGGUGGAUGGGGUAACAGAACAGAGCGACAUCUGAGAUACCC